AUUAUAAACGAAUAAAUGAUGUAUGAGAACUUAAAAAAAAUCCCCUUUAUAUAAGAGAUAACGAUUGAUGUGAAAUCAUUCUUCAAAGAGUGUCAGUUUGCGUCUAGUUUUUGAAGUGAAAUAAUAUGAAAAUAAUUUUGCCGUGCUUACUUAUAUUUUUACUGCAAUAUUCAUAUUGUGUAGAUCCUCAGAAGAAGAGCUAUGAUUUAACCGACAAUGAGGAUCAUAUAUUUGUGGUGAAAUUAUUAUUUGAAAAACUUACUGAACUCUUAAACAAAACGACAAUAUUGGAUGAAUGUUUGACUACGUUAAAUCGAAGCGUAGCUAUAAUGGAGGAGAAUCUAAAUAGGUUUACAGAAAGAAUAAAUGAAGGAGGAGAUCGUAUUAAUGACAUGAAAUCCAGAAUGCAAGAUUUAGAAUAUCGGAUUAAUUCUAUUAAUUCGAGAUUUGUUCCUAUUAAUGCCCUGAGCUCUAGAAUGCAAGAUUUUGAAAAUCGCAUAAACUCUAUUAAUUCAAGAUUUGGCUCUUUGGAUGAACAGAUAAAGGCUAAUAAGAUCCAGAUAAAUCAGAGAAUGGACGAAUAUCUGAGAAGUUUGAUCAUUCCGGAUAGCGCUUAAAUUAGCGAUUGCAGAUUUUGUGUCUUAAUAAUAUGUGAAUAAAAAUACAGAAAUACAUUUAAUAGCAAUAAAU